AUGGUAACAGCAGCGGUGGCAUUUUCGCCAGGCAUCCUGUAUUUCUUUGUCCUUGAUCACCGUGUGGCUACGAAUGCGACUUGGUACGCUCUUACUGAGGAUGCUUUGAAGAAUCCGUUUAAAGCGAGGGAGCAGUGGGUUGGGAGUGUUAAGAAGAUUCUCUAUGGGGGAAUGGAAAAAACUAAAGGUGCUAUUGCAGUGGUUUCUCCGACAGAGUCUUUGGUUUUUCUGCCAAACUCGUUUGCGGACGAGAUACGGAAUAUGAAGGAGCUUCACUUUGGCAGACAUUUGAUACAAAACGCGUUGGGUCAUUAUCAGGGAUUGGCUCCGUUUUUGGUGGUUGACCAACACGACAUUACUCAAGAAGUCGUCCGGCUUAAUCUUACCCGAUCUUUGAAUAUUUACAUGAACACUGAAGUCGAAGCCGUUCUCAUGAACAUGCUAGGCAAUGUUCAAGACUGGAAAACCAUAAAUCCUACACCCCUCAUCCACCGCUUAGUCGCCCGCAUCUCUUCCCGCGUCUUCCUUGGCUCGGAACUCUCAGACAAUGCCGAAUGGAUCGGCAUAGACAUAACCUACACUGAAAACUCCAUGAGGGCAAUCUACAAACUCCGUAGCUUACAUCCAAUCUUCCGACCCAUUGCGCAAUGGUGGAUGCCCGCCCUUCGCAUAUGCAGACAGCAAGUCGCCAAGUCCCGCGAAAUCGUCAAUUCACUCGCCAGGGCGAAGAAGAUGACGAUUGAUUUUGCCGAGCUACAGCUCUUCCUCCCGUUCGCGACUGUGCAUACUACGAUGGAAAUGAUAUUCGGGUUAAUGUGCAACCUGAUCGAGAAUGCGCACUGGAUACCACAAAUCAAGGAAGAAAUAAUGUCAACGCUCUCGGAAUGCGACUGGAAAAAGACGUCGUUGGCUUCGAUGAAGCUCCUCGAUAGCGCGAUGAAAGAAUUGCAGCGCUUGUAUAAGUUGACUGAUGUCGGAAUGCAACGCGUAGUCCUGUCCAACACAACCCUCUCUAACGGCACCAUCAUCCCCAAAGGCUACAAACUCGCCGUCGAACACCGCUUCUCAGACCCGACUCUCUACCCCAACAGCAAGUUAUUUGAAGCAGAUUGGUUUCUCAAGCUGCGCGAUAGUGAUCAGACUCGGUGGCAAUUUGUUACAAGAUCGCCUGAGCAUCUGGGAUUUGGUUACGGAAAGCAUACAUGCCCUGGUCGCUUUUUCGCUAGCAAUGAGAUUAAGAUUAUUGUAGUUUACUUGCUUGUUAAGUACGAUUGGGGGUUUCUGGAGGAAGGCCAGUUACCGACGCCUUUUGCUGGGGUGGAGUAUAUUUUCAAUGAUAAGCAAAAGGUUGUGGUGAAGAGUAGGCGGGAGGAAAUUGAUCUGGGUUGCCUUUAA